GACACUGCAAGCCUCUUUUGGGCUGUUAUUUUCCUGCUCUAACUGGUGCUGUUCUAGUCCUGAUGAAUCACUCUGAGUGAAGGAGCAUGGAGUGCUUUAAUGGUCGUGUCCAGUAGACAGUAUGCUACACAAUAGGUAGAUCAACAAGUGAAAAUCAACUCAGAAUAAGGACAGCAGAAGCAGAACAGAUGAUGGUUACCGGUUUGUGAGAGUGUGAUUAUUCACGGUCCUGAAGCUUAGGUGUUUCUCCUCGCUCACAUGACCCCCCCCCUCAUUCCCUUCCCUCAGUCUCGAGUCUCUAGAGUCACGUUUUAUUCUCGUUAAUCAAAAGCCAAGUCUGUGAAGUUGGACUUGUGAACUCAGUCCGUACCAGACUUCUAAUGUAGCUCAUGGUUCCAGUUUGCUAAAGAAAGACGUUGCUGUGGUGGAAAGCAUCCGCUCAAGUCCUGAGAGUGUUAUUAAACAGAAUGUGUGUGUGUGUUUGUCUCAGGCAGGAGAAUGUGUCGGAGCUGCUGAAGACCAUGUUUGAGGGGGAGCGGACAGAGGCAUCGGUUGUCAACGGAACUCAAGUGCUACUUACAUUACUGGAGUCACGGAGGACAGGGCUUGAGGGGCUAAUGGAUCUCUAUUCUCAGGGAAGUGAACGGUCGUACACUGUCAGCGGCAGUAUUUUGCGUGCUAUUGAGCCUCAUCUUAAGGACUUCCAGCAACUUCUACUUGACCCUCCCAAGAAAAGUGCAAUACUGACGACGGUGGGCUUGCUGGAGCAGCCUCUGGGUAACGCCCGUCUGCACGUGGCGCGGCUGGUGGCCUCCCUGCUCCAGACCAGCGACGCCAGCCUCUGCCAAGAGCUCUGCCGCCUCAACAUCAUGGACAAGCUGCUGGAUCUCUUCUUCAAGUACACCUGGAAUAACUUCUUGCACUUCCAAGUGGAGCUGUGCGUGGCGUCCAUCCUGAACCACUCCGGCUCCUCCGAGAGCCUGGGCAGCGCUGUGGGCCUGCAGAACCACCACCAGCUGGCGUGUCCCCUGCCCUCCACAGAUGCCCCAGUCCUCGCCCCUGCCCCUGCCCAAAACAGCGUGGCGGAGCCCCCGUCACAGACCUCCGUCCACGACAUGCUGGUGGCACAUCUCUUCCAGCAGUGCUGUUUGGUGCAGAGGAUUCUGGAAGCCUGGGAGGAAAAUGACAAGAUUCAGGCGGAGGGCGGCGCCAGGAGGGGCAACAUGGGCCACCUGACGCGCAUCGCCAACACCGUGGUGCAGAACUUGGAGAAGGGCCACGUGCAGUCGCAGAUCAGCGAUCUCAUCAGAGAGCUGCCUGAGGACUGUAGGGGGCGCUGGGAGAGCUUUGUUGGGGAGACGCUGAGAGAAACCAACAGGAGAAACACAGUAGAUCUGGUGAGCACUCAUAACCUGCACUCUUCCAGUGAGGAUGAUGAUAUGGAAGGUCCAUUCCCCAAUGACCUGUCCAUCCAACAGGCUUUCUCAGACUAUCAGAUCCAGCAGAUGACUGCCAACUUCGUGGAUCAGUUCGGCUUCAAUGAUGAAGAGUUCCACGAACACGACGAGAACAUCAAUGCUACAUUUGACCGCAUUGCUGAAAUCAACUUCAAUAUCGAUGCAGAGGAAAAUAGUGCCAAUGCAGCUGCAUUUGAGGCGUGCUGUAAGGAGAAGAUCCAGCAGUUUGAUGACUGUGAGGAGGAAGAGGAGGAUAUCUGGGAGGACAAAGAGAUAAACUAUGCAACACAAGUUAAAUCUCGAUCCAGGUUUGGAGUGUGUCUGUCGUCAGACAGCGCUUCUAAAGGCGCUCUGAAGAACGGUGGACGGGGCCGCAGGUCGGCCUCUGAUGAUGACGAAGAGGAGGGGCCAAAACAGACCACCACCCCCUCUCCCACCCCCAAAGGGGCAGAGCCUCCAGAGACACAGAGCCCUGGCUGGACAGCCACGUUCAGCGAGGGAGAUGCGAGUGGGGUGAGUGUGGGCUCCAGUCCCUGGGGAACCCCCGUCUCUGAGCAGCAGAGUGCUGCCAACACACAAGACACCGGCUGGGCCAACUUCACAGAGUUCCAGCCCUUCAACAGCUCAGACAGCAGACCAGCAGACCCCGGUGCCCAGGCCAAACAGACCCCGGACAAAAACUCAACGGGCUCGGGCGUGUGGGAGGUGUGUGGGGGCAGGAAGGCUCCUCUGGUGGCCUCAGACAGCAGCAGCUCCGGAGGCUCCGACAGCGAGGAGGAGGGAGAGGAGGCGCGCAGCGGAGACAAGACUGCCGCCAAGAGUGAGGUACAGGUGCCCAUAGAGAAGCUGAGUGUGUCGGACAGCCCCAAGAAGAAAGAGUCAGGAGCAACACCCCAGCCCUCCCGAGAAACCGCCCCUGCCUCAGCCUCUGAGAACAUCACUGUGACAGACAAGAAAGCUGAAUGGCCCUCAUCAGGAGGGGUGACGCCCAAUGGGCCAGUCUGAACUGGGUAGUGAGAGGAGGGUUGAGGGAGGGGGAGGGGAGACCCUCUCUUCACCCAGCCCUUCACAGACCCACCACCUCCUCCACCUCCACCACCACCUUUCUCUGUCUGCUUCCGUCUGUCCUCCCCGUGGAAAAACAAAACAAAAGGAAAAGAAACCUUGAUGCCACUGCUGGUGUUUGGCUCAACCACGCGGUCACACCAAUGGGCCUGGACACUGCCAAUCAGCCACUAUCCGUGGAGGAGAGGAGAGGAAGCCGGAGCGCCGUCGUGUGACCCUUUGACCCCUGACCCCCAAUGACCUUCCCCUGACCCCAACCCCAGCUCAGAGCGGAGCUCCCUGGAGUUUUAACCCUUUCUAUGAGAUAUGCACAAUUUCAAUGUAGCAGCAGAGUCUCACGUGCGCCGCCACAGGACUCAACAUGACACGUUCUCAUCGUGACCUUCCGUUUUACGCUCUUAUUUUGAAAUGUUCUGCCCUUUGACUUCCUUGUUAGGACUUGCGCCCUCUAUCACACUCUGGCUCUUUUUUCCUCCCUCUUCCGUUCGCUCUCUUUGCUCUUUCUUUCUCUGUUUUUCGUUCCUUCUCUCCUCUCUUUCUUGGUUCCUCUGGUUGUUUAUGCUUUCAGUUAAGCACAGGUUACUCCACCUCAACACCUCCGUCACCACCAAUAUUACAGAAUCUGCCCCCCCCCCCCCCCCCCCCAAAAGCAGUCCCAUUCUGCCCAAUCAAAUCAUGUUCUCUUCUUUAGAACCCAAUCAGACGACAGCGCUUUAAGAAGCACUUAUGCAACGCUCUCUUUGCUGUGUAUGUAAGCACAAGAAACAAAACAAAAAAAUGGAAGUAUUAUUUUUAAAGAAAAGAAAAACAAAGAAAAAGUUUGACCUCCGGUCCAUGCGAGGGCGCUGGAGUGCUUCAGGCGUUCAACUGGGCCAAAGCAGAGUGUCCAAAUCUCCUCUAGAUUUGAAAUCAGUUGAAUGUGCUCAAGUGCUUGUUGGGAGUCAGGAGAUAUAUCCUGGGGCCAGCUCUCGAGAUGGGUCUCUCUCUCUUUCUUUCCCUCCUCUUUCUCUGUCUCUCUCUCCAUCUCACUCUCAUCUCCAUCUCGAGAGUUCGGCCUCCUUAUCAUGUGCAAUAAUAACAAUUUUUUGCCAUUUUUAUUUAAGUCAAAUUGAUUUGGUAAGUUGGCCUUCUUGGUGGCAAGUACAAAAAAUAUAUAUUUUGACAGUUCAGGUUUUAAAUUUUCUUUUUUUAAGUUUUGUCUUUUUUUUUUCCUUUCAGUUUUUAAAUCGCAUGUGAAGCAUUAUACUCAAAGCAUAUACAAGCAAUUUUUUUGAUCUAGCUAGUUAGCCAAGACCUUCUGAUUGUAUUAACUUAAGUUUGUCCAGUUGUUGCCCUAAGAAUAAUUGAUAUAAAAAAAAUGAACCAAAACAUUAUCUACCUAAAUAUAUAAUUAUCUACCUAUAUAAUGCCAACAUCUAGAAAUCUUCAUGAAAAGCAAUUUUUGAGAACGUGUGUUUUCUGAACAAUAUCAAGUUGAAAUAUUCAGCACUUGUUCUUUCGCAUUGAAAUGCAUUUGUGACGACAUUUGCCUUAAGUUUGACCCUACUUUCCCCCCCAAACUAUCCCUACCCCUUGGAGCAAAAUCCAGAGGCUACUGGGGGCCCAACCCUCAACCUGAUGAUGUGCUACCCCCCGCCCCGCCCACCCCACCCCACCCCGCACAUCCGUACGUACAGUGCACAUCCCACCCCUCGCUCAAGUCUAUUGUUAAGUCAAACAAACAAAAGAAAAGACAAACCAAGAAAAAAAAAAAAAAAGUAUAUGUCCAACCUUUUAGUCACUGUUUAAGACUGCUCCGUGGGACGUCACGUCACUGUGGUCUCGUUCUUGUGCCAUUAGGACAACGGUCAAAAUUUGAACUUAUAAAAGAAAAAAACAAGGAAAAACUGAAGAAGAAAAAAAAAUCAAGCUAAAGACUCUUAGCUGUAGAGUGACACCAUGCUCUCCUAGUAUCCACACCUUUUUCGGUUUGGUUUUCUUUUAUUUUAAAUUUAUAAUUUUUUUUUCAGUAGCAGGCCUAGGCCUACUGUUCUUCAACAGUCAUAUCUAAAGUAGCGCUAUAUGGUACCAAAUCUCUGGAUUACAACAAUGUUUCUUUCCUUUUUUUUUUCUUGAAAGUUAUUUUAUUUUGCACUUGCAGGAGUGUGAGGUGGAGACGUAUACGUCUGUGCUAUAGUGUGUGUGUGUGUGUGUGUGUGCGCGUGAGUGAGCAAGUGAGUGCGUUUGUGUGUGUUUUGUUUUCUUCUGUUUCUGCCUCGGGUCUCCCAGCAUACUGCUUUCAACAGUAUAUAUAUCUAUAUAUAUCAGUGACAUUUUCAAAAGGAAAGGAAAAAAAAAAAAAAGGUUUGUUUCCAAAGCCAAAAUUAUUGCCUUUUAUUUCUGUUGCUGUAUGUUUAAAAUCCUAUUUUUUGAAUUUAACCAAUAUUAUUUUGCAUAUUGUAGAAAUCUAAUUUAUGUGAUUACUGUAUAAGCAACCAAAAUACUGCUUUCUCUCUUAACUCCACUCCUCACUGGUCUUACUGGGGAAUUUAACGGGCAGGAAGGCAAGUCAUUUCUGCCUUCACACAGGUGUGUGUGUGCGCGUGUGUGCGCGUGUGUGUGAGGGGGAGGCUGAGGCCGUCAUCAAGAUUAAAUACAGGGUCUGUUUCGAUCAAGCCAUUUGAUUGACAUUUACACUGAGUUAGUGAGAGAUGAGGUCUACAUGAGAAGUGCCUGAAGUAGGAUUCAGUCUAACAUGGACACAGGGUACAGCACACACCAGUCACUGGGAGGGGGGGACGGACGGACACACACGCCCCCCAUCCCCUUGUGCUACGUGGCUGUGUUCAGACACUACCAAUACCUGGCGCAAGCUUAACAUGACCGGCCACGAGGAAACGAUGUUAAAACGGCUGUGGCUUACAGACGGUCUCUGAAGGUCUUUUACCUUUCAGCGCCGUCUGAUGCAGCCAGGGCAGGGUGAAGUGAUGGCAGGAAGUGACAUAGUGGGUGUGGCGUACAUGUGGACACCGUGUGGUGAGAAACUGGACCGGACUCUGAAGCCCAAGCAGUGAAGUCCUCUGGGAUACAUGUUCACUUGGGUACGACAUGGACUGGGGGACCUGCUGUCAAUCAGUUGGUGUUUAUCAGUGCAGUUCAGUGGGAAUCUAGGGAGGUUGGGGCAUGUGGAUUGGAAGCAGAGAGAUGCUGGCACAUUUGUGUUAGUGCAAGACAUGGUGGGGGCAAUUAUGUACUGGACAAAAAAAAAUUAAUGGAAACGGUCCCAUCACCGUGAGCAGAUGCUUAGAUGGCGUGGUCCUUCACGCACGUACUCAACUGGUGUUCAUUUUCUGCUUCAUAAACGGUGGCUUUACUGUGGGUAGGGGGAGGUCUAAUGCAGAAACUCCCAACUGAUUUAUGUGGUGUUAGACAUUGAGUGGAAACUCAAGACUUCUCAUGAUUCAGUCUUUGUAUGCCUUAUUUUCAAUUUCAGGGUGCGCUUGGAUGUAGCCUAUAGCCUAGAUGUAAUCCAGGUAAAACAAAACUCUGUGUGUGUGUGAAGCUUCUUUCCAACUAGGCAGACAUUUUUAGUUGGUGUGAAGGUUUCAGUCCGCAACGGACUUCGCUCCUAUGUGUGCACCACUGUGUUCUACUUGUCGCCCACGUGUUUCUGCUAUGGAAGCCGUCCACAGCAUCACCGAGCAUUACAGAAUUGGCUUCAAAUGACCACCCAGCUCUCUACACUUUUAGACAAAUAUAUGUUGUCAGUCCUUUUGUUGUUCCAGUCGCAAACCUGCAUAUUUCAAUACAAAAGGUCUGCAUGGUUUGAUUACUUGUACAUCUCUCAUGGUUAACCAGUGGUGUCCAUAAGAGCAAUUUGCACGGUUUUACCUCAAAGAGGGCCCUAAAUAACGUUAUACGUAACAUAUCGGCUAGCAAAAUUUGCCCCCAAACUAGUGCUGUUCUUUAGGUUUUCACAGAUUGAAAUAUUUCACACAAAAAUGAACUUGCUUCUGGAGGACAAAUAUCCCUCCCCCACCAUUUUAUUAGAGUAAGCGAUCAAACUGGGUUUUUGUUCUGUACAAAAAUGUUGAUAUUUAUAUAUUUUUAAUGGACCGAUAAAAUGUUAUAUUUUAUUAUAUCACUUCUUUACAGAAGACAGGCUUAACAAUUUUAUCCAUAUCAAUUUCAUUUGUCCUUUCUGGUAAAAACAGCUUAAGUCAUAGAGGGGACUUGGCAGGUCUGCAUCUGAUCAGUGAAAAUAAAGUGAGUAUUUUAAACUAAAA